AUGUCAUCUCCAACAAAGACUGCAUGCAAAUUUGACAGCCUUGCACCAACUGGCGUCGAAGCUUUUGCCUCAUCAUCAGGAGCCUCUUCAGAUAUGUCAGCCAAGUUUGAGACCACUACUCACAAGGAGCACCUGUUGCCCAAUCUUCCCACAGAAGAGGUUCACAGCAGUCUGACAGACCGAGCCCCCUCCCUCAAAGCGCCGGAACCAACGCAACAGUCCGUCCCCUCACAUACGAACCUCGAGACUGCAGUGCACAGCUCUGGUCCACCACCAUGGCCUACCAUCACAUACAAGCAUCUUCUUUCUGCUGGCACGCUCAACCCCACCAAUCCCCUCCGUGUUGUGGCGCACUGCGAUGUAGAUGCGGCCUAUGCUCAAUUCGAAGCCUCACGUCUUGGCCUCGAUGCCACCGUCGUGCCGAUAGCUGUGCAGCAGUGGCAAGGCCUCAUUGCGGUUAACUAUCCAGCUCGUGACGCUGGCGUUUCGCGUUUUGAAAGUAUCCCGGAAGCUCUCAAGAAAUGCCCCGAUCUGCAUCUCGUCCACGUAGCCACCUAUGCACACGGAAGCAACAAGCCAGAUUACCAUCCGGAUCCGAAACCGGAAACGCAUAAAGUCAGUCUCGAUCAUUACCGUAGAGAGAGCACCAAGAUCCUCACCAUCUUCAAAAGGACUUGCCCACACGGAGCGGUGGAGAAGGCAAGCAUCGAUGAGUCGUAUUUUGACCUUACCAUCGAAGUUCGCAAGCUGCUGAUCCAGCGAUUUCCGCAUUUGGCCCAUCCGCCUCCGGAUGACCCAGUGACAGGAGCGAAAGGGAUGGAUCAGCCGUUGCCCCCACCGCCACGCCUGGGACUGAAACAAUGGAAGCAGCUUGGGUAUGUAGUGCCGAAGACGGGCGAUGUAGGCAAGGCAAUGGGGAUUGGUAGGCCGGAGAAAGCGGUGGCGAAAAGAGCACUCUUGGUGGAUGCGCCUAUCGGAGCUGGAAUCGUAUCGGAACUGCUACCCGAGCUGCCGAGCGCCAAUACGUCACAAGCAGCCGACCACAGCGCCCAAGCUGCUCAAGGCCAGUCGACAGGCAAACAACCACCGCCAUCAUGGGGCUCCGACCAAGAUCACCUCACCGACCCUUCAUCAAGUCAGCAAGACGACCUCGACUCGGAAGCCGCGCUCUGGGAUCACAUUGAAUACGGCGAGACCACGUGGACCGAUGUAGCUCUCGCUCUCGGCGCUGAACUCAUGAACCGCGUACGACAAAAUGUUCUUGACGAACUCGGAUACACCACGUCAGCAGGCAUCGGAUCGAAUAAGACGCUCUCCAAGCUCUGUUCGUCUUGGCGCAAGCCCAACGGUCAAACCAUCAUGCGUCCGUGUUCGGUUGCCAACUUUUUCUCUUCUUUGCCCUUCCAAAAGAUUCGAUUCCUCGGUGGGAAGCUAGGUAAUGCGAUGGGCGCCGAGUGGAACUCAGCGACUGUGUCGGAUCUGUGGGGAGUGGGGCUGGACGAGAUGCAGGCCAAGUUCGGGGAAGAAGCUCGGUGGGUGUACAACGUGCUUCGCGGGAUCGAUUAUAGCGAGGUGCGGGAGCGGGUGAAUAACCAGACCAUGCUGGCGAGCAAAUCUGUCCGACCCGCGAUCACAAAGCCGGAAGAAGCAACGCACUGGCUGGACAUCCUCUCUACCGAACUAGCCAUCAGGCUCAGGGAGGCAAGGGAAGAGCGGCGCAAUCUUUGGCCAAAGACGUUGGUGCUGCGGUACAUUCGAGCUGGCUCAGUGCCACGCAGCCGCCAGACAGCGUUUCCAUUCACCAACCCGAACAACCAAGACGAUCUGGCCAAGGUGAUUCUCAAAAAAGGACAGAAGUUAUGGGAAGAGAGCCUUGGGGAUGCCCUUGGUUUGGGGCUAGGAUCGUCGGGCUUUGGAGAGGCCAAGGUGUUGACGAUCGCGUUGGGUUUUGGAAGCUUAGCUGAGGGCGAAGCUGGUCAGCAAGGUAUUGCUGGCUUUCUCGGGACGGCUAGUGGGAGCACAGCGACAGCAUCGACAUUUCCAUUGCCAGCAGCACUAGCAGAAGGGCCUGAAAUUACGAGACUCGCAGCAGAAGUUGACUCGGAGGAACAUUCGUCCCCAAAGAAGAAAAGGAAACGCAAUCGUUUGGAUGUCAUGUUUGAGACUCAAAGCAAACAACUACAGUCGCAAGCGUCGCAUUCCAAGCAAAAAGAGGGUCCGACGAAAGACAAUCGUGAUGACGAUACAGAGCAACCCAGGGUCGACAUUGACGAAGAAGCUGGCGUCAAGGUCGUCGAAGCUGCAUCAGGACCGCAAGCCGAUCAAGAAGACGAUCCACAUUGGCGGUGUCCCGAUUGCUCGCACCUGAUCCAGGCACCAUCGGGAUCGGCGUGGUUCGAGAAGCCAUAUCUGGUAGAAAAGCUCAAGGAUGAACAUCUUGAUUGGCACUUUGCCGUUACUCUGUCGCAAGCACCCCAGGUAGCCGACAGUGCUGGUGCAUCGGCAUCGCAACGACCCGCUACAACUACAGCUAAGGCUACAGCUGCAGGUACGAGCAAGAAGAAACGAGCGCUGGACAAAUUUUUUGCCCGUCGAUAG